AGUUAUGUCAUGUACAGUGAUGACAGUGGUGUCAUUCUCCUUGUCCUCGUAUUUUCAUUUUAUUUAAUCAACUUUUUACUUUUUUUCAAUAAAAAUUAAACACUGCACGACUUUUAAGUAUGUGACCAGUGUUAAUUUUCACAAAGUGAUUGAGUUUAUAACCCGAACGGGCAGUCCAUUUAUUUAAAGAUGAGUUUAUCAACCAGAGCCUUUUGUUAAGGUGCUCUCUUAUCCAUGCAGAGUGCAUUAACUUAGAAGUUGAACCUUAAGAACUGUCACCUGUCAAGUUGUAAACACAAGACGGGCAAUGCAACUGUGUCCCUCGCAACUUAAUCUUCAUAUUCGACGGAGCUCGAAGCCCUCAAAUGGGCAAUUGCUUUACUUGCUUAAAGGAGCCUCCACCUACGGCUCUCGACAGCGGUACAACUAACUGCAAAGAGGAAAUGCCAGAAGGCCAUCUUUAUCCAGCUCCAAGUCACAUUGUAACAUCGGUACCAAUCGAUACAAGCAUUCUAAGCAAUGGAAAUCACAUCGCCGUACUACCGGAACCAUUAAUAGCAACUCCGAUCACCAGAUUCUGCUCGUACCAGCGUCGUUCGCAAAUAAAAUUGGUCGGAGCGAUGGGAGUUUCCGAUAGCAAGCCGUCGGACACAAAACUGAACUCCCUCUUCGAUCUUUACAAAGACGAAACGGAAGACGCGAUACUAGCGGAGGGCAUCGAACAGUUGUGCAAGGAUCUGCAGGUCUGCCCCGACGAGUUUAAAGUUCUCGUGCUGGCGUGGAAAUUGAACGCGGAACAAAUGUGCCGGUUUUCGAGGGUGGAAUUCGUUCGCGGUCUUAAAAUAAUGCGCGCCGAUUCGAUUAAAAGUAUUCAGUCACGUUUACCGGAAAUAGUCAACGAGGUCAGUAAUGAUCCCGAACUGUUUAAAGACUUGUACAGAUUUACUUUUAAAUUCGGAUUGGAUUCGGUCGUAGGACAAAGAAUUCUUCCGUCGGAUAUGGCGGUAGUGUUGUGGAGACUAGUUUUUACAGUACGCGAACCGCCGAUCUUGAACAGAUGGUUGAACUUUGUAGAGAAUCGUCCCGUGAUUAGAGGCAUCCCUCGUGACACGUGGAAUAUGUUCCUUAAUUUCUCAGAGGCGGUCGGGAAUGAUUUGAGUUGUUACGAUGAUAAUGAGGCGUGGCCUAGUUUGUUUGAUGACUUUGUAGAGUACGAAAACGAUCAUACAAAUCAGAAUAUUUCCAAAGAUAAGGAAUGCGAGGCGUUUCUUAUUAAGAAUAGCGAUUGAUUGUUAUUAUUUGCAGAUGCAGCUUUUUUCAAAAAUCACUUUGUAGGCAACUCUCCCUUUUAUUUGUGAUUAAACUGUACUUUGUAAUUCAUGUGGAUUGGUGUGCUUUUGAUGUAUUGCCUAUUGUACUUUGCAUCAAUUUUGGUUAAAACUUAAUUUUAUCCUUUACAAAAUAUAAUAAUAUGUAGAAUGUAAAGCUAAUUUAAUGUUUUUCAACUGGUUUGGUAAGGUGCCUUUUUUAACAUUUUGAUCCGUAAGUGGCAGUGUAUAUUUCGCUAAUAAUGAUUUAAUUAAGAUUUUGAAAAAGUAGGAAUUCACACCGAAUUCUAAUAACAAUUUUAGUUACAUACAAAAGUGCUUAAAAGUACUAAAAACGGGUGGUAUCUCACACCUCAGGAGUUGCUAUUUUACAAGUGGAGUCUACAAAUUGGGUGUUGUGUCUUGAAACAAAUUAAGACUGAUAUUUUCUUAAGUGAUUUUAGUUUGAUAAUGAACAAAUUAAUUGUAUAUUUACAGAAAGUUAACUUCUAGGUAAUGGAAAAAUUCUGUGUUUGCUUUUUAAUUCAUACAGUGUAGAUAAAAUUGUACAGAUAGAUGUAAUCCUUUGUGAGUAUAUAUAUUAAUAACGA